UGCUAGUGAGAAAAACGCGUCACACUUUACAAAAAUAGUUACAGCUAUUUCGGACCGGCACUCUGAAAAUGUCUGCCGCACUGAAAAUCAGGAAUCGCGAAAAUAUCCACACAUUCUGAACGUUACGAAUAAAAAAGAGUUUUUUUUGACGAAUUUUCGACCAUUGUUUUUUCGGUAGUGAGUGCUCUGUAGUUUUGUGAGAAAGAUAUUGUGAUAUUUACUAGGUACUUAAUAGAUAAAGGAUAUUCAGUUACUAAAGAAACUCCUGAGGAGCUAUGCCUGCAGGUAAAGAAAGUGAUAGUGAUACGGGGACGGUAAAAAGAACGACUUUCAGGCCACCAUGGGUGAAGGAAGGUCCCAAUCCUUUGCCGACUCCAGCAACACCAUGGACUCUCAAAUCUUCACCAAGGAAGGAGAGCGUUACAGAGACCACAGAAAAACAGGAGUAUAAUCCAUUGGCCGAAGUUCAAUUGAAACCUACCAAAGUGAACAAAAAACCGCCACCGCCAGAAGAAAACGGGGAGGAAGGGGUGGUUAGAAAACAUAAAUUACUAGCUGGAGUCCAAUUAAAGAAAAUUAAAAAAGCAGAACCCAAAGAACCUCAGGAAAAUGGAGCGAAAGAAAGUUUCUUUCAGAAGCCAGCGCUCAAACCGGUUCCACAGAGGGAAAAAUCUCCCCCUAAAAAGGAUCACAAAAUUCACAAUCUUCCGACUUUACAAAAAGCUUCGGAAAGAGUGUUGAAGAGUCCUCCAAGGAAGCCGUCUUUAGCUAGAAGUGAUACAUUGACGUCCGACGAUGACGUUGAAAUUGAUAAGGAAAUACCCACAAAAAGAAAUGCCCUCGUGAGGGAGGCGUCUAUGAGAAGACUCUCACAUUCUAACGUACCACCACCACCUCCACCACCAGGAAUGCCUCCUCCUCCUCCUGCCAUGCCGGGUGCAAUGCCCAAGAAACCAUUGACUGACAAGCAGCUUUCAAGAUUAAAUAAAUUAAAGGCUAGACCGAAACAUAGGCCAGACUGGAACAACUUACUAAUUGAAAUCGAAUCUAAAAAAGCGUUAAAACAUGUAGUUUGUAAUGACAGAUCUAGUCCUCUUUUACCAGAAGCAAAGACAGCUGAUGAACACAUGAUAUAUAAAAGUGAAGAGCCUAACGUCCACAAUGAAUUGCUUAAACAGAUUGAAUCAGGUAUAAGGCUCAAGAAGGUCAAAACUAACGAUAGGAGUAAACCCGUCCUCGAUGGUUUGAGGAAGUUCAGAAGACAAAUGACAAUAGAAGAGCAGAUCCAGAAGUCAAUGUCAAUGGCUAGUAUAGCUCCAGAAGAAAUUGCGACAGACGAAAUAGAUGAAAUGGACGAUAUAGACAAAGUGCGGGAUGAUCUUCAGAGUACCAAACAAAUGUUGGCUUUAGAACUAAGAAAUAAAGAAGCUCAAGAGAGAGAAAAUAAGAGAUUACUGUCUAGGAUCCAAAAUCUUCAAGCGGAGUUGGAGAAAGAGAAGAGCGUUAACAAGGACGGUGGUAACACUGCUGCCCAUAGUGCUGCAGAUGAAAAGGUAAUUAUUGGAUUAAAGAAAGAAGCUGAGCAGGCCAGAAAAACUUCUCAAGAUCUGGAAAAGAAGUAUACGACAGCUGCAGAGGAGCUGGAUGCGACUAAAGCAAAAAUGGAAGAACUAAGACGCCAGAAUCAAGCUCUCGAGAAACGAGUACAGGACGCAAUGAUGGGAGUAAAGAAAUCAAGUUCUUCCGGCGGAUUCUGGUUUGAAUCUGAUGAUGAGUAUGAAUAUAGGAACGCAGGCAAAAGAUUCUCCAUCUCCGACCGCAAACAAAGCGGAGCUGCCCAAGGAAGCGACGACGAAUUCGAGUUGGAGGAGCCAGAAGAAGAGAGCGAUGGAGAGGAUACUGAAGAGAAGAGGGAAAAGAGGCUAGUGAAGGAGGUGAAGAUGUUGAGGAAGAAGUUGCAGAGUCUGAAAACUAAGGAGGAUAAUUCGAAGAAGGAGAGAGUCGCGUUACGGGAGAUUAUUAAGAAGCACCAGACUGAAAUGAAGGAUGAGAAGAAGAAGUAUAAACAAUUGAAAAAAGAGGUUGAUAAAAUGGCUAAUCUCAUGAAAGACACGGACGAGGACGAGGAAGAUGAAGAAGAAGAAAAGGAAGAAGCCGAAGAGGAAGAAUCCGAGGAAGAGGAAGAAAGCAGCGAGGAGGAAGAAUCGGAAAGUGACAGCGAAGAUACCGAUUCCGAGAAGAGUCAAAGUGAAGACGAAGAUGCUCCCAGUGACAAACACAAGACGAACUUGACCGCAAGAACGAAACGGCACGAGAACAUAUUAAACGCAUUAAAGAAGGGCAACUUCUUAUUGAAAACAAACGCGGAGAGGCUGCAAGACGACCUGAACAAACAGAAGGAAUUGACAGCUUCUUUGCAAGAGGAUUUAGAUUCGGUUCUCUCAGAGUUGGGUUAGAUUUUGUUGUUAUUUCGCGUUUUUGUUUAUAAUUUUGUAAAAACAAAUUGUAUAAAAAUAAUUUAUAAAUACAUAGUGUAUAUACCCGCUAAGUAUGGCAUCUGAAUUUCAGUUAUUUACAAAGUGAAUGAGGUUUUUUGUACAUUAUCAAGGAUUACAAUUUUAUAUUUUAUUUUCAAAUAUGUAGAUCCAUUUCGCAUUUUGCAUUUGCUUAGAACAGCUCAGCGAAUUGGUUACGUAUGAUAUUGUCAGUUGUUCAGCUGUCUCAUCUUUGCAUAACUUAUAAAUUUUUUAUUUCUUCUUUUAACACUACAGUCAAAUCCGCUUAUUAGAAUAGCCUUCGUGCCAAGCAAAAAUAUUGUUAUAAGCGGGAUAUUCUAAUAACUGAUCAUUGGUAACUAGCUGAAAUAAGUGUACCGAAUAUACGUUAUAAUAGUACAUACUAUGUCAAUAUUUAUAUUAUGGUUUUAGGUCUUUUUAUGUCAAUAAAAAUUUAUAAUCUAUUUACAAAUAUAAUUACGAAACGAUUAGACAAUAAACUGGAAUUGGUUUUUUCGAAAUAACUUCCGAACAAAGAACAAACGAUCAACUAUUGGUAAUAAAUAAUCUUAUAGAAAAAUGCUGUUUCUAAAAACAGCCAAGUGUGUGGCAAUGUACCUAUAGAAAUUUGUAGACAAAUAAAAUUAUUUUAUGACCUUGUCGGCAUACGAUUGAAUUUUCUGUGGGAAAGGAGCGUUUACUCAAAACACAGUAAUAAAGUGUUUAUUAGGUACCUGACAAACCGUAAUAAUAUACAAAAAAGCAGGCUUUCGAAGCUCUUACCGACAAACCAUUAUAUCAGGCAAAUUUAAAAUUUUUAGGAAAUUGUACGAAAAAAUUUAUUUUGUUGACCUGAAAAAAUUAUUCUAAAAAGCGGUAUUAGGUUACUAAACCAUAUUCCAAUAAACGGAUAAAUUUAUUUAAGGGUAAAUGGAAACGUUUCGGGACCUCGAAUUUAUAUUCCAUAAACCGGGAUAUUCCUAUAACCGGUACUCUAAUAAGCGGGUUCGACUGUAUUUGUUGUAUGUCAAAUAUCAAAGAUCUUGCUUUCCAUAUUUAUUAUUUUAGUUUUUCAUUUUCUUUCAUUAGUUCUUUAUUCUCUUGAAAGAGUUGUUCUAUAUUUCCUUGUUUUCAUUUAAUUUUGUCCUUUAUUUUAUUUCAUUUAUUAAAUGUUCCACUGUUAUAAUAUUCCUGAUUUCCAAUGAUUUAUCGUUUUUUGGUUUUAAUGACAGUCCAACAUUAUUAGUGUAACUUUUUUGAGUUAUCAAUUUCUUUUGAAUGAUUUCUUUUUAUCCUUAUCUAGGUCUUCCUUUCUUAACUUUGUUUUCAUUUCCUCUUCUUUUUUGCAGCAUUGCUGUCAAAUUUUCUACUAUUUCGUAUAUUUCGUUCCAAGCAUUGAAUUAUUUAUAAAAAAUAGAGCUGACCAGAAAUUAUAUACACUUUUGCAACGUCGCUGUUCUUGUGAAUGAGAGAGGGAGUUAUGAGAAUAGAUAAAGAAAUACUAUAGCAAGUUGUAUUGCUCACACUUACAAAAAAAUGGAACCGAUGAGUCCGAUAUAGCCAGAACGGGAAAGCAAACCAAAAAAAUUAAGAAAAUACAAGAGACAAAAAUAAUCUGAGGUAGAAUAAAUUGCAACAGGAAAGAAAACAUUGAGAAAUUCCAUUUAAAAGGCCGAUUUAAAAGGCUUUUCACUUAACGAUAUAUGAUAUUGCAAUCGUAACUGAUUAUUCUCUGUGGAGAGCCACUAAGAAAUUAAAUUGACCUAUCUUGCAAAAUUUUUAAUUAAGAAAUACAGAUAAAACGUCACACAGGAAGAAAGUGAAAUUAAACUAGUCACUCCAAAAGAAAUUCCCAACGAAAUUAAAGCUGGAAAAAUUCCAGGAAAGCACCUAGGUUUGAUUUAAGCACUGGUGAAAUUUAAAACAACACAGUUCAGUUCACUUUUGAUAAAGUAUGGCACGACAGACUUAAACAUAAUUAAUCAGGAUUUUGCCAAUAUACAGAACUAUUUCAAUCAUACAUUAAAAUCAUACAUUUCAGAUAGAGUUUUGGGGUUAAGUAAGAAGAAGCCUACUCGAAAUUAAAGGAAAACAAUGCAGGUAUACCAUAAGGUAUUGUGAUAGGACCAGACCUGUAUCUACUAUACAUUAGUGAUAUCCCUGAAUUAGAUCAAAACACAAUAGCUACCUUUGCUGAUGAUACUGCUGUGUUGACCGCACGUAAAGAUCAUGAAGAAGUAACCAGGAAACAUUGGACUAAAUGUUGGCGAAUUAAAUUAAAUGAAAUGAAAUCGAUGCAUAUUAUUUGUAAAAACCAUAAAAAGCAACACAGUCCUGCUAAUGUAAAUAAUACUAGGCUACAGUGGAGGGCUCAUCUUGAAAAGAAAAGAGAACAGCUUAACAUCAAGUAUAAAAAAAUGCAUUGGCUAUUUGGAAGACAAUCCACUCUCAAUCUAUCUCAACAAAAUACUUUUAUAUAAACAGAUUCUAAAACCUAUAUGGACAUGUAGCAUUCAGCUGGGGUUGUUCUAGUAAGUGCCCACAUAACAAUGAUGUUCGUAUCAUGUUCUAAGCAUAUACUACCAACAUUCGUCGGAGUAUAUUCUUUUUAGUAUAUGCUUAGUACAAGCAUAGCAUGUACCUUAACAAACAUUCUAAAUUUCAUGUUAUUUGCAUAUACUUUAAAGUAUAUUCUCGUACCGAAUAUACUGAGUACAUUCGUGUACGUAUUAACUCGGAAUAUUCGUAAAAGUUUAUUCUUAGAAUAUACCUUUAUCGAAUAUGCUUAGCACAUACUUAUAAGUACAUUCUUAACACAUACUUAUAAGUAGAUACUUUUAAAAUAUCUUAAAAAUAAUAUGUAUGUAUAGGAAGUAUAAUAUUAACCUUAUAGAUGAUCAACUUCGUUAUAUUUUAGAAUAAUUAAUAGAAUUUAUGUAUGUAGGUAGUAUUGGACGAAUUCCAUUUGAAAAUUGUUGUAUGGUAAAAAAGUUUAAACAUUAAUUGUAUUAACGUUUAUUAUUAAAAAUUCGUUUUCAUAAUUGAAAUAACUUUACCAUUUCGAGUUUAUCAUGAGUAUUUUUACAUCGUUGGAAUUUGAAUUUAGGUACAUUCAAUUCAAUACGGGAGGCUGUGAUACGGGCCAUUCCAGAACCAGAGCAUGCCAAAACCCACAACCAAAGGCUUUGGUGUGACCAACCAUCAAGUAAGCUUUUUCCGUCAACCUUAAAAAUUCCCACUUUUAUAAAAAAAAUCCCUCCUGUUUACAAAAUCUGAGAAGAUAUGUUUAAUUAUUUUCAAAUAUUUUGAUUUUUUUUAAUAUUUUACAAUUUGGACCGGAACAAAAAUUCCCUUCUGAGUUAACUUUUCCCUUUAUCACCUUUUAUGUUGAAAAUUCCCGCAAAAAGUGAAAUUUCCCUCCGUUUGGCAACACUCAGCGGUGCACCGAUAUUGUUAUUCCACUUCCACAAUACAUAUCCCCCUAACCCCGUCUUGUCUUAUUCUGACCAUUUCUUACCUGAAUGGAUCAGGGUAGGAAACAACGGUAAAAUAUGAAAUCGAAAAUAUGUAUCUAUCUAUGCAGUGUGGCAGUGUUAAGGAUGAAGACCAAUGAUAAUAAAGUAUUAGGACUAAAGAACAUACAUAAUCUCUUUUGUUUGCGGUGCUUCAAAAUAGGUAUAACAUAUUUUGGUAACUCAAUAUUAUUUAAUAAAUACAUAUAAGUAAGUACAUAUACCUCGUCCAAUUUACUUACCGUUGCACGUCAUCCGCGCCAUAGCCUGUGACACGAUACCAACACGAAAUAUUUAGGCGGUGGGUGUGUUCUUUUUUAGUAUCAAAAUGAUUCUAAAGGGGAACACACCUACCGCCUAGAUAUUUCGUGUUGGUAUCGUGUCACAGGCUAUGGCGCGGAUGACGUGCAACGGUAAGUAACUUGGACGAGGUAUAUAAGUAUAUAAAUUUUAGUUACCCAUACAUAGUUUAGUUUAGCUAAAUAUUAUAAUAUAAUAGUUUAUAUAGAUAACUAAAAUUUAUAAAUAUGUACUUACUUUUUAAGUAAUAUUGCAGAAUAUAGGUACCAGCUACAUUCUCAUUUGCCAUUAAAAUAUGUAAAUAUAAUAGGUAUUUGGUAGAACCAGUAGAACCUAAGAUGAGAUUAGGUGAUGCUGAAAACAUACUUCUGAGCAAUAUAGCACUUGAUAGCACUUUCUUAGAAUAUCCUUAAAAAUAUAUUCUUCUAAUACAAAGAUGUGCAGUAGUACGUUCUAAGUAUAUAAAUAUAAGGUUUAUAGCACUUCCUUGGAAUAUUCUAAAAAGUCCGUUCUUAGUAUAAACUAAAAAGAUGUGCGGUAGUACAUUCUAAGUAUAUUCUUAGUAUAUACUGAAAAGAAGUGCGGUAGUACAUUCUAAGUAUAUACAUAGAACGUUUAAGUACUGUAAUGUAGUAUAUACUCAGUAUGUGCUCUGCACAUUCGCAAUGGUAAUUACGCAUAUUCUUAGUAUAUACUUUUUCUGAAAAGUAUGUUCUAUGAAUCUACUAAGAACAUGAAAUUGUUAUGUGGGUGUAAGUUAGACAUUAUCCAGCGAUUCCAAACAAAGUGCUAACCUCCAUAUGGGACCUAGAAAUGGAUACUGUUAUCAAGACCAUUGAAAAAUUUGCCACGAAUCAGGAACAACGACUUCUUCAACAUGGAAGUGUUGAGGCCAUCCAGCUUCUUGACAACACAGAUCUGGCUAGAGGACUUCAGAAUUUAAUUUCAUUGAGUUAAUUCAAGUGAAAAGUAGAGUAUAGUGCAGGUGAUGGCUCAUGCUAAUAUUUGUGCAAUAACUAACAGAACCUAAGGGAUACUGAUAAAUGAAUGAAGUAAACAUUCAACAUUUAGAUAAACAUUCAACAUUUUAAAACCCAUUCAACAUUUGCAUACUGAUAAGUUUGCCCUUAGUUACCAGUUUUCAGUACUAAUUUAGGCUAAAAAAAAUUUGCUCAUUGAUCAUAUUGCAAUACUGUUUGAUCAGAUGUUAAUGUUCUAAGCAUCUUGUUGAUGUUUAUUUAAAAAAUAUAUCAGCAUAAAUUUCAUUCACUUUGUAAAAUAAUGGUCACAGCUUGAUAAGCUGCACAUACCGCAUCAGAAAAAACGCUUUUUUAAGACUUAAACACGUAUUUAUUUCAUACUUUACUGAUUGUAUUUAUAUUAACAUAUUCAGUUGUUUGUAUUGCUUAAAGCUCUUAGGCCUGGAUCCCACGUACCAAAAAAAAGUUGAUUAAUAAUAGGCUGAAUAUUUGUUAAUAGCUUAACGGUGUUUAGUCGGACAAACUUUGAUAUAUGGGAACACUGGAACAGGGGAAGUUUUAAUUGUGGAACAGGUUACAGGUUUCGAACGCCAGAGUACGAAAACGUCCCAUUUAUUUUGUCGGACAGAACAGUUGAGUUGUUACCCUUUCAUUAAACUCUCUCUCAUUAAAAACGGACUGCUAUUUACCACUAAUAUAAAUCCCGUCAUUUGACAUGUUCUACGUGUCGGACUUAUUAAAAGAAUUCUUUAGCGACAUUCUGACUACAGCUAUGCUACCCCCAGAAUUCAAAAGAACAAAAAUUAUCGCAAUCCAGAAGCCUCGCAAAGACAACAAGCUGCCUGAAAGUUACCGGCCUAUCGCCUUACUCAGUUGCUGUUAUAAAUUACUAGAACGACUCUUAUAUAAUAGAAUAUGUAACACCAUUGAGGACGCUGUACCAAUUGAGCAAGCUGGAUUUAGAAGAGGACGAAGCUGCUGCGACGAAGUGCUGUCCUUAACUACAUUCAUCGAAGCUGGCUUUGAAAGACGUGAAAAAUCUGCCAUAACAUUUAUAGACCUUACGGCUGCCUAUGACAAUGUGUGGAGGGAGGGCCUUAUUUAUAAGUUGAUGAAAAUCAUAUCCUGUCUCAAAACUUGUCAGCUGAUAAACAGUCUACUAACUAACAGACUGUUUCAGGUAUACAUAAAUGAUGUACGGAGUAACGUUAGAAAACUUAACAACGGCUUACCUCAAGGCUCAGUGCUAGCUCCUUUAUUCUUUAACCUUUAUACGGCAGAUAUACCUGAAACAAAAUCGAGAGAAUUCGCUUAUGCAGACGACCUGGCCAUUGGCUUCCAAGAUAAUAGUAAGGAAGCUGGAGAACGAGCUCUAAACGAGGACCUAACUACACUAAGUAACUACUUUAAGAACUUUCGCUUACGUCCUAACAAAAGCAAAACUAAAACCUGUCUCUUUCACCUGUCGAAUCAACUUGCGGGCGAUACUCUCAAUGUAACUCUAAAUGAUGCAGCUAUCCAACAUAACAACAACCCCAAAUAUCUAGGCGUCACACUUGAUAGAACACUCACCUUCAAAAGCCAUCUUACAAAUGCAGCCGGUAAACUGAGAACAAGAAACAGUAUAAUAACAAAACUUGCUGGAACAACUUGGGGUGCUUCUGCAGAUACUCUUCGGACCUCUGCUCUAGCUUUGGUUUUUUCAGUGGCAGAAUAUUGUGCACCAGUAUGGCUAAAUAGUGCACAUACAAACAAAAUCGCUGUCCAACUUAAUCAAACCAUGAGAAUAAUCACUGGAACAAUAUAAUCAACCCCAGUGAGAUGGCUGCCUACUUUGAGCAAUAUUGCUCCACCAGAUCUACGCCGUACAGCAUCAUUAGUGAGAGAAUACCAGAAAAUUUUAGCCAACAUACAAUUACCAAUCCAUCAAGACAUACCAGACAUUGGUAUGUAUCGAACAAUUGGUGAUUCCUAUGAUAUACAAAGGCAAUGGUCCACAAGAUGGAUGCCAACAAUAGCAGCAGACUAUAUUCAGAUAUCCACCCUAACCCAGGGUUUCAUCGGAUCGGGUCUGCCCCGGUCCACCUGGGCGAGGCUUAAUCGCAUACGUACCGGACAUUCUCUGUUCAAAUGGGGUCGUGCGGAAAGUCCAGAGUGCGAUUGCGGAUCACCUAGACAGACUAUAAGUCAUUGUGUUUCAGAUUGCCUAAAUCGUGCCUACCGUGGAAACCUCCAGGACUUUGUGGAAUGCUCCCCAGAAGCAACUGAAUGGCUAUGUAAAUUGGACAUUAAUAUUUAGGUUCAAUCAUUAUAUUUUAGUGUUUGAAUAAUAUAUGUAUUAUAUUUGUGUAUUUAUCGUACUGUGAAAGUCCAUACGCUAAAUAAAUAAAACAAUAAAUAAAUUAAAAUGCCUAACAUAUUUGUCGGACAAACAUUUUCUUCAUAUGUUACAUAAAGUUUUCUAUUGAAUAAACUUAAAAACAACCUGCUAGUUUUCACAAUCAUAAACUUGUCAGGAUGAAAAGUUCCACAAUUAAAAUCACGUCCCACAAUUAAAACUUCCCCUGUUCCAGUAUUCCCAUACAUGAAAGUUUGCCAGACUAGACACCGUUAAGCUAUUAACAAAUUUUCAGCUUGCUAAUAAUGAACUUUUUUUGGUACGCGGGAUCCUGGCCUAUCUUCAGUUACUUUCUAAUGUACGAUUACCUAUUACUUGAGGAAAUAAUGUUUGUAGAAUAGGCCAAAUUGCAGCUUAAAAUUUUGCGGAAUACGUAAUCAGUCUGAAGCACUAGAAAGUAACGUUUUUUUGAAAGAAUGGGCAAUGAUAUCUGAUUUCAGAAAUGUUUUUCAAUUAGUAGAAGUUAUAUUCUUUUCGAAAUAAAUAAAAUAUUAUUUAAA